AUUUCAGCGCUGAAAGUCUGCUGUGUGUUGUCAUUACGAGCCGUGCUGCGGCAUUUUGGAAGUGAGUCGAAAAUCAUCAAAUUCGCAAAGGGGGUUAGAAAUGUCGUUCUCAAGAGCGCCUUUGAAAAGGUUCAACGAAUCCGUUGGUUGCGCCCCUCCACCGGGCAUCUACGACAUCAGAUCCGAGGAACCCAAGGGAGCAGCGUCCUUUGACAAGUCUGAUCGCUUCAAAAAGUCUAAGGCGGUGAACUCACUAUCACCCUCCAGAAUUGCACUGAUGUCUCCUGUUAGAAGGACACUCUCCGUUGAUGGACUAGUAGAAGGAUCAAGUGCAAAGAAAGACAAGAAUGCCAUGACUUUGGAACGGAAACAACAACGACUACUGGAGAAAGAGAUCCGCUCUUUGGUUCAGCAGCGAGGCGAGCAGGAUCGACGCUUGCAAUCCUUGGAGGAGGACUUGAAAAAGGUGGAAGCCAAGCUAUUGGCUGCAGUCAGGGAGAAGACGGGACUCACUGCCAACAUCACCACCCUUGAGAGACAGAAAGCUGAGCUCAAGAAAGUCAACGACUUCUUAAAAAACAAGGUUUCAGCUGACACAACAAAAAAGAGGAUCAAUUCGCUUACAAUGGAGCUGAUGGAGGCCAGGAACAAUUUGGACAGCAAAAAUGAGGAGCUAAGUGUUCUGCAGCUCACCAGUGAAGGCCGCGUCAAGGUGAUGGAAACAAAUCUCAAAGCCAACAAAGAUACUCUCCAGGCUUUAAAAGACAGAAAUAAAGACUUGGAGGAGAUCCAUCAUGUGACGAAAACCCAAAAUGAGGAGUUGGAACAGGAGAAUACCAGAUUACAUGCUGAGAUACGGGAGCUAAAAGAGGAAGUCCGGGUUAUACAAGGAUAUCUAGACACAUCCAAUGAUCAAAUCCAGGAUCUCCGCUUAAAGCUUCAAGGUACAACUCAGCAGGCCUUGCAACUUCAGAACAUUGAGCACCUACAGCAGGAGUUAGAGCAGUGCAGCAGGAAGCUUGAAAGCGCUGAACUUCUACUGCGAGAAAAAGAGGAGGAGGCGUUGAAAUAUCAGCGCAAUCUGCAGGCCUCCAGGGAGUCUUUGUUGGAAGCUGAGAGCAAGUUGGAGAGCCAGGAGUUGUCUUCACAAAAGUUGGUAAGUGACAUGGAGUUGCAGUUGAUGUUCUCCAUCCGUGAGGUCCAGCAGGACUCUCAAACAGUAAUUUGUUUGCAGGAUGCUGAGCUUGCUCGGCUACGGGUGGUGCUUAGGAGGACUGAGAGUGAGCUGGAUGAGCGAGUGGAGCAUCUUGAACAGAGGUGUCUGAUUUCUGCAGAGGAAAUAAGUAGAACUCAGGAGGAGGGCUUUCGGAGAGUGGAGGAGUUAAAGACAGAGCUCUACUUGUUGAAGGAGACGGACAGAGAGGAGAAAAGCAGACAGAUUCGACUACAGAGUGAGCAUGCCUCUCUCACUGAGGAACUGGCAAAAGAACGGGCGCUUGUUGACUCUCUGUCUGUGCUGCUGGAGCAUGAAAGGCAGGAGUCAGAGGAGCACCGGAGUAAGUUGAAGGAGGAGUUGGAGGAGGUUCUGGGAGAGCUUGCUCUCAUGGAGGAACAGGAGCAGAGGCGAGCCGAUGCUGUGGACCAGAGUCAGGAGGCCCUCCAGAAGCUACAGGAGGAAAAUACUGAGCUGGAGAGACAACUGAGUGACACUAGAGAACUUUUAGACCGUAAGAACAGUGACGUGUCAUCUUUGAAAGAGGAGCAUUCAGUUGCCAUGACAAAUCUCCAAGAGGUGCACACAAACUUACUGAACAAUUUGGGAGCACAGGCUACAGAGCUGGAAAGGACCAAAGAGGCUCUGAGGGCCAUGGAGGAGAGACGCAAACACCUGGAGGAGGAGAUUGAAAACAGGACCCAACUGACAAAGCAAAUUCAGGAGGAGCUAGAAAAUGUGAUUCAGCAAAAAGAUGAGGAGAUCAUGAGUAAGAGGGAGGAGCUGGAGGAGCACCAGAGGAAACAGUUUGAGGAGCAGACGGUGAAAGAGGAGAAUGCUCGAGUUUUGCUGGAGAUGCAGGCUCUCCUCACUCACAGACAUGAGCAGAUGCAGGCCAUGGAGGUCAGCCAUUCUGCAAGAGUCAGUCAGUUAGAGCAGGAGCUCCAGCAUCUCACGAAAGACAAGGAAGAGGUGCUGAGGCAAGUAGAAGAACAAACAAGCCAGGAAGUGGCUGAGCUCCGUCAUGAGAAGGAAAUAGCCCAGAAACAGCUUGAUGAGGUCCACCAGGAAAAGGUGGACAUAAAGGAACAGCUACUGCAAGAAAAGGAAGAGAAAGUUAAAUAUCAGGCAGCGCUUCAGGCGGCAUGUGUAGCACGGGAGGCUGAAACUAAAGAGCACCAACAGCUCAGGUCAGGGGUGCUCAGAUUACAGACUGAGCUGGAGAAAAUGGACGAGGAAAGAAGGCGGCUUGUUUCUCAAGUCGAACUUUCCAACCAAUCAGAGCUGGCACUUAAACAUCACAUGGAGACUGUGGAGAAAGACCGAAAUCAUAUUCAGGCUUGCUUGGAUGAACUUCAGCUCAAAGAUGUAAACCUUGAAGCUCAAUUAGCCCUCAUGGAAGAGAAAAUGGAGACUCUGCAGUGUGAAGUGGACCACCAUCACCAAGACCAACACGCUCUGCAGCAGCAGGUUAAGGAGCUGACUGAGGAAAAGGUCACACUGCAGUGGGAGAUACACCAACAGGGACAGGAGCUCCAAAGACAAAUAGCUGAAGCCCAGGAGAACAGCUCCUCAACUUCAGAGACAGAACGCUGGAGGACCCAGUAUGAGGAGCUGUUUGCUAAAGUAAAACCUUUCCAGGAGCAGCUGAAUUCCUUUGCAGCGGAGCGCAAUGCACUCCUCAAUGAAAAUGGAGCAAACCAGGAGGAGCUGAACAGGCUGGCAGAUGCCUACGCACGUCUGCUGGGUCACCAGAACCAGAAGCAGAAGAUUAAACAUGUGAUGAAGCUCAAAGAUGAGAACAUGAACCUGAAACAGGAGGUGUUGAAGCUUCGCUCCCAGGUGAGCCGUCAGAAGAGUGAUCUGGAUAAGCUCAAGUCGAAGCUCCCUGGCGGUUGUGAGCGCAGGUUUGAUCCCAGCAAAGCGUUCCAACACAAUAAGGAGAACAGGCACACUGAGAUGGUGGCGCCUCUGAGAGAAGAAAACCGCACAUUGGAGAGAUUAUAAUAGACAAGAACCGCAGUCUCUGGAUAUAAACUUUUGUUUCAUUCGUUUUAAUUAAUGCUUUUUGUCUCAAGAGUGAAAUAGUCAUGUCAGAAAUGUGUCUGAAAAUUAACAACGAAUACCAAUAGAGACUUGUCACAUUUGGGUGCAAAUGUUUCUAUCUGUAAAUAAAGCAGUCUUUUAACAUUCUAGUAAA